AUGUCAGACCCCCCCAACAACAACCAAACCACGUUUAGUGGCGGCGACCCCCCUGCCGACAAUAAUUAUACCGACAAUAAUAAUGAACAGACUAAUAUUAAUGAUAUGCAAAAAAUUAUUGCUGUUGAACUGAAGGAGAAAGAAAGUUCUCAUUCCAGAGGACCUCAUUCUCAUGAAGCUCAUCACAUCAAACCCUCGACAAAAAUCCAAAAAAAUAAUGAAAAACCAGACUCCCAUAAAAAAAUUGAAACUAUCCACAAAAAGCUUGAAUCGAAUGAUAAGCAUAACGCUUCUUCAAACCACGAAACCCCCGUUGAAACCCCUAUUGUGAAUGUUGGUCCAACCUUGAACCCUACCUUUGACUCCUCACCAGAUGGUGGUGAUGUUGAAAUUGACGCAACACCAUCACGUGACAUGGAUGUUCUCAUGCCGGAUGCAAAUCCAUUUGGUGAUAAUUCUGAAGCCUGGGAAUACAUCUUAAAACUUAAGGAUGUAUUUCUGGUUGAAUUGUCUAUUGUUAAAGAAGACUUGAGUAUUACAAUUGAAGAUUGGGAAAUAAAAUUUCAAAAUCUUGAACUUAAAAACAAUGAGUUAGCUAAACAACUCAUUGCUUUGACCGAAAAGCUUAAAGCUUCAGAAGGACAAGUGAAUUCUCUUCGCUCAGAACUUGAUGUUUUGAGAAACAAUCAGGUUCACACAGAAGUUAAACAUGUAAUCUACGCAAAAAAGGAAAUCAAGAGCGCGGUAAGAAAAGUCGACACUUUGCCUUUUGCUUUGACCCCUAAAACCCCAAAUGGAACAACUCCAAAGUUGAAAGACAUUAUGAAGGCUCAAAAACAACACCGUGAAACUAAAGUUGAUGAAGACAAACCCACUUUUAGAGUGUGCAUAAGAAUUCCAGAUACCAUGAAAAGAGUUAAUAUCCCUGCGAUUGGAAAGAAAAUUGAUGCGGUUGCACAAAAGCCGGUGGCUCAGGAAAUAGGCUAUACUGUCAAAGGGCAUUUAUAUGUUCAACUUAAUGACAAAGAUUUUGCUGAUAAAGCUGCAGAAUGGAUCCCCAAAGUUGACCCUACUUAUUCAGUGCUUGACACAGAUUCUUGGUACAAGGCUGUACUUCAGGAAAUACCUAAUACGGCAUCGAUUGAAGACUUGAAAGAAACUCUCUACAAUUUUAAUGAUUACCAUAUUGUUUUGAAUACCGAACCCAAAAUCAUUAGCAGAAACCAAUUUACCCAAACAGCAUUGGUUUCAUUCAGAAAUGCCCAAGACUAUGCAAAGUGUGCUGAUAAUCUUAUUAUCCAGUACACAAAAGUUAAAAUAAAAAAAGAACCUGAUAUCUUGUUAUUACAAGAACCUUACUUUAACAACUAUGGGCCCAUUAAACAUAAAGAUUGGAUCCCAAUCUUUACAGAAACUGGAAAAGAAAAAAAUAAAUGCAGAGCAAUUACUUAUAUUAGGUCUAACUCUGACUUACGAGCAUUAACUACUAAAAUUGAAAAGUUUACAAAUCGAGAUAUGGUUACCAUUUUGGUUAAAGACAUUACAAUUGUCAAUGUCUAUAAUCAACCGAAACCAUCCAAGAAAUACCCUGAGCCACCGGUUUUUGAGUUUCUCAAACGGGAGAUCAAGGAACAAUACUCAAAGAUUGUCAUUGCAGGUGAUUAUAACUUACAUCACAAGGAAUGGGAGUCAAGGGCAGGUCCGAAUACGGAAGCAGAUGAAGUUGUUGAGUGGCUACAUGAAAAUGAUAUGAUGUUAAUUACUCCAAGAAAUCAAAAAACAUACAACAAUAGAACCAAUAUUGAUUUGGUUUAUGGCUCAGUGGACUUACUUCAUAGAAUUUCAUUUAGUGGAGUGGAUGAAAAUACACUAAGUGAUCACUCAAUUGUGGAGUGGGACAUCUAUAUGUCUCAGAGUAAAAACGGGGAUGAAGUUUUUACUUCGGUGAAGAGAUUGAAUAUUAAGAAUGCAGAUUGGGAAAAGUUUGACAAGGAGCUUUCUUCUGCCAUUAAAGAUUUUAAUGUGCAUAACAAAACUCUAAAAUCAACUGACCAAAUUGAUGACCAAGCUAAAGUUCUUGAGGAGGUUGUAAAAAGAGCAAUGGCAAAGUCGAUGAAGGAAGUUAAGGUGAUGAAAAAGUCCAAACGUUAUUGGAAUCAAGAAUUAAGGGAGAAAAAAGAAGAUGGAACUCUCACUACUACUGUUGACGAAAAAAGACAUGAAAUAUGGAAGGCACUUCUACCUGAAAUUGAUCAUGGUCUUGAUAGAGAGUUUGAAAUUGAUGACGAUUCUCGAUGGCCAAAAUUAGAGUUUGAUGAAGUUGACUCUGCAUUGGCUGAUACCCCAAAUGAUAAAGCUCCAGGAGACGAUGGAAUUACUGGCAAAGUUUUAAAGAUGGCAUGGCUGAAUAAAGACUUUAAGGAAAGGUUUUCAAGCUUCUCCAAGCUUGUGUGA